AAAAAUUAUCAUGAGUGAUAAUCAAUGCAUUGGAAACAUAGAUGAUAACCUUGAAGAAACGCAUGAAGUACACAAAGAAGAUUCUGCAUCACUUGCUGGCCACUCGAAGGAACCUCUUAACAAGUAUGGAUGAGUUUACUGCCAUAAUCCACUUUGAGAUCCUGUUAAACUUAAAUGAGGACACCAAAUUUGAAAAUGUUGAUUGGCCUCGCAUUUGAAGACCAGGCUCAACCUCAGGUUCAGUCCUAAUUGACCAAAGUGUGAUGCAUCAGAGACAUGGAGUGACAAACAGACAUACCUUAGUGAUGACUGAAAAGACAAUAUUUCAAAGGUCAAAUACGAAGUGAAUGUACACAAAGAUCACAAAUAAACAGUUCUGACCGAUGUGAAGAGAAGUUACUGAUGUCAGAUCCAACAUCACCAACAGUUCUAAAUCUGCUAAGUGCAACAAUGGUCAUGAGUUUUGAAUCUUAUGUAACAAGCCUAAGCAUACAGGCCCUUGUAAAUAAGGCUAACACUUUCUGGAGGAUCUGGAAUGAUCAAUUUACUAGAAGAUGUCCCAACUGCAGAGAUAUCAUCCAAGUUUGGAUGUACCAAGACCAGAGCGUGAUAGAGUGCCAACGCUGUCACACCAAACUCGAACCUAACAAGUUCAAACAUCUGAGCCCUCUGGGACAUAUUUUAGUCUACGUAUUUUUGGUGUUCAUCAUCCCAGUUUAUGUUGGCAUGUGGGUCUACAAAAAGUUGAAGGCCAAAGAUACAAGCCACACUCAUGAACGAAGGAACGAGUGAUUGGCGGUGCUUACUGCGAUCGGGAUAAUUUUGUGAAUCAUCGGAGUAGUGGCUCUAAUGGCAUCAGGAGGAACCCUUAUAGUCGCUCCGUUUGCAUACUGAAUGGCAAUAGCCAGACACGUAAAUCAAUGAAGAGAAGAAGAGCGUAACCUAAAAGAGCAUGAACUACAUCCACUCGAAAUCGAGAGACUUCGGGCUGAGAAUGGUGACGAGAGUUCUACAGAUGAAGAAAACCAGGAGGGUAAUAAAAGAUCAUAUGGGACAAUUCCUAAUAACUAAAUCCACCAAUUUCAAGACU